ACCACAUGGUAAUUCUAAGACUUGUUCUUUACCCGUGGAAUGUAAUAUUUUUACAAAGAUGGACCACUUCACAAAUGGUUAUAAAGUCAUAUCCACUUCUUCCACAAUGACCACAGCAAAUGACCAAGCAUGAACUAAAGAAUCGCCUAUCAAGUGUUACAGAAGAUGAAGACCAAGAUGCUGCUCUUACCAUUGUGACUGUGCUGGACAAAGUAGCCUCCAUCGUGGACAGUGUGCAGGCAAGCCAGAAGAGAAUAGAAGAGAGACACAGGGAAAUGGAAAAUGCCAUAAAAUCCGUCCAGAUUGACCUGUUGAAGCUUUCACAGUCACAUAGCAAUACAGGCCAUAUCAUUAACAAGCUGUUUGAGAAAACCCAAAAAGUCAGUGCUCACAUUAAAGAUGUGAAAGCCCGGGUGGAGAAGCAACAAAUUCAUGUUAAAAAAGUUGAAGUCAAGCAAGAGGAAAUAAUGAAGAAAAACAAAUUCCGGGUGGUAAUAUUCCAGGAGAAGUUUCGGUGUCCGACAUCCCUGUCUGUUGUUAAAGACAGAAACCUCACUGAGAAUCAGGAAGAGGAUGUUGAUGAUGUCUUUGAUCCCCCAGUAGACCUCUCCUCGGAUGAAGAAUAUUAUGUUGAAGAAAGCAGAUCUGCCAGGCUUAGGAAGUCAGGCAAGGAGCGCAUUGAUAAUAUCAAGAAGGCAUUUUCCAAAGAAAACAUGCAGAAGACACGGCAGAAUUUUGACAAGAAAGUGAACAGAAUUAGAACUAGAAUAGUGACCCCGGAGAGGAGAGAGAGGCUAAGGCAGUCAGGGGAGAGGCUGAGACAGUCAGGGGAGAGGCUGAGACAGUCAGGGGAGAGGUUUAAGAAAUCUAUUUCUAACGCAGCUCCCUCCAAGGAAGCUUUUAAGAUGCGUAGCCUCAGGAAAGGUAAGGACCGAACAGUGGCAGAAGGUGAGGAAUGUGUCAGGGAGAUGGGCGUGGACAUCAUUGCCAGGAGUGAAUCUGUGGGUCCCAUCAGUGAGCUCUACUCUGAUGAGCUCAGAGAACCACAACACGAGGCAGUCAGGCCGGCGUAUCCUGCCCAGGAAGGAAGGGAAAUCCCCACCCCCGAGCCUUUAAAAGUUACUUUUAAACCUCAGGUGAAAGUAGAGGAUGAUGAAUCUCUUUUGUUAGAUUUAAAGCAGUCAUCAUAAAGAGGAAUUAAAUCUAUCCUAAAUAUGAAUCUCCUAAUCAUGCAGUUUUAGUUUGAAUAGUGUGUAGUCAUCUAUAUUUCUGUGCCAUGUAAGAAAACAUAAAUGGUUUUUUUCUUAUAUUUAAAAUCUUGAGGGUAGUACAAAUAUUAUAUACAUUUCCUUGUGACUUCCUUGGGAAUUCUUCCCCCCACUGCACCGCCCUCCCACUGUCCCCCACUGCCCUACCCCCAGGUUAUGUGAUUCCUGCAGCUUUUUCUCUUAGGUCACUCUUUCUCACGGCAGCUGUGGAUUUUUUAGUUCUUUUCUCUUGUUCACCAGAAAAAUAGUUUCCUAGGGCGGGCCAGUUACAUGUUUGGUAAGGGCAACUUUGUGGCCAUCGUUUGCAAGUGAACUCUAAAUACUGGUUAGGAUUAAUAUUGUAGCCAGCCUCAAAGGGGAAUAACUCACGUGUGGGUUAUAUUAUCCAAAUGUUCGGAUCAACAGAUUUAUUAGUAAAUUAGCAGUCACACCCCUUUUUUGAUGUUUUCACAUUAAAUGAUUGAAGUUCUGGACUUGAACAUCUGGCUCUAGUAUCCUAGCUUUACUUACAAGAAAACCCUUGGCAAGUCAUCUGUUUAUUCUCAUCAGUAAAAAUGGAGAGGGUUGGCUGUGCUGUCCGCCUCAGAGGACUAUUGUGAAGAUCAAAGGAAAUGGUACACGUUCUGGGGAAUAAGAAGCACACCCAGAGAAAACAAGCCUCACCAGUUCUUCAAAAACAGAAUAGAAAGAAUUGCACCCUCUGAAAAAGCCCUGAGCACCAGUUGAUGAGGUCCUAGGUUGGACAGAAACUAAAGUUGGUCUUCAGAAGACUUUUCACAGAAUUAAGAGUGAAAGUGAAAAAUAAAUAACUGUUUGGGUGACCACUUUUUCAUCAAACUAAAACUAAACCUUGGGUUUUAGUUGGGUCUCAAAGUGUUCCUUGGCUAAGUCCUUUCUAACUUCCUUUCAAUUAAGAUCUUCGGUGGACUGUAGCACUGCAUUUGUUUGAGCAGUAUGAGGCAUAAAAUUGUGGCUGUGUUGUCAAGUGAGCCUUUCUAAAGUUGGCCCUGAUGCACUGGGUUUGGAAAUGACCUCAAAUAUUCUUGUUUUUCUGAGUGUGCUCUUCAGGGCCCAACUGUCCAAAACAGUGUUCAUAGGAGUUAAUCGUAGCUGCUUUGGGAGGAACCCAGAUUCCCCUUGUCUGUUAGCUUUAGCUUGUUGAAGCCAGAGAUUAGAACAAUGUCUGUUGUUGCUACAGACAGAAAGAAAUAGGGCUGGGUGCGGUGGCUCAAGCCUGUAAUCCCAACACUUUGGGAGGCCGAGGCGGGUGGAUCAUGAGGUCAAGAGCUCGAGACCAUCUUGGUCAACAUGAUGAGAUCCCAUCUCUACUAAAAAUACAAAAAAUUAGCUGGGCAUGGUGGCGCGUGCCUGUAAUCCCAGCUACUCGGGAGGCUGAGGCGGGACAAUUGCCUGAACCCAGGAGGCGGAGGUUGCGAUGAGCCGAGAUUGCACCAUUGCACUCCAGCCUGGGUCACAAGAGCGAAACUCCGUCUCAAAAAAAAAAAAAAAAGAAAGAAAUGGGCUGGGCACAGUGGCUCAUGCAAGCAAUCCCAGCCCUGUGGGAGGCUGAGGCGGGUGAAUCACUUGAGGUCAGAAGUUCAAGACCAACCUGACCAACAUGGUGAAACCCCGACUCUACUAAAAAUACAAAAAUUAACUGGUUGUGUGUGUGUGCCUGUCCCAGCUAUUUGGGAGGCUGAGACAGGAGAAUUGCUUGAACCCAGGAGGUGGAGGUUGCAGUGAGCCAUGAUUGUGCCACUGCAUUCAAGCCUGGGCGACAGAGCAAUACUCUGUCUUAAAAAAAAAAAAAAGGAAAGAAAGAAAUGGUCGUACUGGUUCUGUACUUGUAGGAUGUUCAAUGUAGCAUGUAGCAUGGUGUUGUAAGAGAAGAAAUGAUGGAAUUGUUGAAUUUGAAGGAUUGAGACAAUCAGCUAUCCUACUUUUUUUCUCACUUUCAGAUCAGUUUUUGGAUAAUCCUAUGGUAGUUGGAAUAAGUGUACACAUCUACACACAGGCAUACAUAAAUUGUCUUUAAAAUAUUUGACUCUGUUACCCAGAUGUUUGGGUUUUGGGAGUCUGAUUCAGCAUCAUUUCCUCUUCAACCUGCAUGAAUACAUAAAAUCAUAAAUUGUUCAUCUUGUUACCUUUUUAUAUUGAAAAUUAAAGUGUAUACAACAUUGGAUAACACUUUCAAAUGAAUAAUUUUAAAAUGUUUUUAUAACAUUUUGGAAAGCUCUUAGAUGCUUAAUCACAUAUUUUAUAGGAGCCAUAAUAAAUUAGAAUUUAAGAAAACAUUAUUACAACUUCGAUGUUAGUGUCCUAUAAAUAUUUUUACUAAUAAUGCAAAUAGUGAAUAUAAAGACGGUACAAGCUUUUUCUUUUUUCUAGCCCUAUGCAGAAUAAAUAUCAGUUGGCUGGAAAUAUUUUUCUGCAAAUAUUACUGUCAUGGAAUUUUUGUAGUCAGUUUGCUUACUGACUCAUUAUAUAACCAGACUUGACAUUUUAUGGAACAUUUCACAUAUAGCUAUAUUUGAAUUUUGAUGAGGAAGGAGUUAUAACCUGGUCAGCUCUUCAUCAUGGUAGACUUUGUGCAACCCCAAAACACUAGGCAGUUUCAUGUCCCUGGAGGUUUACGGUGACCUUGUGCUGCUCUCUUGGUACUAUCAUUUUCCCUCCUCCAUAUUGCUUCUGUCUCUCUUCCUUUCUUCCCACAUUUGGGACAUUCUGAAAUUCUUCAUUCAUAAUUUAUUAUCCCUUUAACUUAAUUUUCUUGAUAUAAAAUAAUGGGCUGCAAAAUCACAUCUCAUUUGAUAUAAAGAAUAUUCUAGUCAGUGUUCCUAUUUUAAAAGUUUUAGAUAACAGGGACAGAUUAUUUUACUUAUUCAUCUGUAUUUUAGAAAUUUUAUGUACCAGAUUUUAAACUAUGUAUUCAAAUUAAACCAUUAGCAAGAUUCCGUGCUCUGAGACAGAACAGUGCAGCAUCUAUAGACACCAAGGGGCAUGGAGCUACUCAGGAUCUUCUGCAUAAUAAACAGGAUAGGGGAGGGGGUGCAAGUCUGUCUUUUGAACUCGAUGAUCCACGUCUUUCCUCUGAGCAGGUGAUAGCCUGAUUCUAGCUUAUUGGUUAGAGAAGCAGGGCAAACAACAAAAUACAUGAAAAUUCAAGGCCAGACAUGGUAGUUCAUACCUGUAAUCCCAGCACUUUGGGAGGCCAAGUCAGGCAGAUCACUUGAGGUCAGGAGUUCAAGCCAGCCUGGCCAACAUGGUGAAAUCCUGUUUCUACUAAAAAGACAAAAAUUAGCUGGGCGUGGUGGCAGGCGCCUGUAAUUCCAGCUACUUGGGAGGCUGAGGCAGGAGAAUUGCUCGGACCUGGGAAGUGGAGAUUGUAGUGAGCCGAGAUCAUGUCAUUGUACUCCAGUCUGGGCAACAGAGUGAGACUCCUUCUCGAAAAAAAAAAAAGUAAAUUCAGCUUGCUGAAAGUGUACUUGUUGGGUGUGUGUGUGUGUGUGUGUGCGCGCGCGCGCGUGUGUGCGUGCACGCACGUGUGCCCUCAAGCCUCCAUAAACUAAAAAUAUAAAUCAAAAUAAAAAUACAAAACAUUUCGAUUUCAUUCUUUGCCUUUCAUGCACGUUAAAGGGUUUGGUUUAUUGUGAUUCCAUCAGCUAAAAGGCAUGGGUCAUGUUAUGUAAAAUAUUCCACAGAACCGUUGUUAACUGUGCAGUUCUAUUACAUGAAAUCACUGAGCUCGUUUUUCUUCUGAGACAUGUUUAUUAUAGCUUCUUUUAUUGAACCCUGCUAAGAAAAUUAUAGAUCAUGAUUCCCAAAUAGGCAGAAUGACCAUUAUGGUCUCACCCUCAAUUCUAUUUGAAUUUGGGGCAUGCUAUUCCCUGGUCUGUAGUGAAUAAAAAAAAAACUUCAUGCUAAA